AUACAAAACAAAUUAAAUAUCAUCAUUAUGAUUAUGAUAAUAAUCAUUGGUCAAAGUAAUGCAUCAUAUUCUCAACAACAACAAAAAUGUCAAAUUAUUAAUGGCGUUAAAAAAUGUAAAAGAGAUGAUGGAGAUUAUAAUGAAAUAUCAACACAAUAUCCAGAUUAUGUUUGGGAAAAUAAACAAAAUCAAACAUCAUUUACCUUUGUUAUUUGGAUCAGUUUUGUAGUAAUGUUGUCGAUAUUUAUGUUUUUUUCAGUUUAUCUAUUAUAUGUUCCAAAAAAAGAUCUAUUUGCACCUGAUCAACAACAACAACAACGUCGAAAUAGAUUAUUACGAAUUAAUUCAGCUAAAAUGGCAACGAAUGGCCAAAUGAAUUCAUUUGGUUAUAGUAAAAAGUUACAAAUGUUUAAUCCAAAUAUUGUACGAACAUCGAUACGUUAUAGUGGUGGUUUACGUGGUUUAAAUGAACAAUAUGGCGGUGGUUCGACACCAGCAAUAACAAACUCAACAACAACAACAACAUCAACCGAAUCAUUAAAAUCAAUCGAUGAUCUAACUAUGAGUAUGAAACGACAACAACAACAACAACCACAAAAUCUAGAUACUGGACCAAUACGUUCACCACCAGAUUUAGGUCAUGAUCAUCAAAAAUUUUAUAAUUCAUUAGGUGGUGGUUUUAUUGUUCGAAAUGUUCAUAAUAAUCAACAACAAUCAAUACAAUAACAACAACAACAGUAAUUUUCGUUUGUUUUUUCAUUUUGAUCGGAAAUAAAGAAAAUCUUUAAACAACCAAUUGAAAUUGUCAUGAGA